AUGGCGCGCAGCAGCACCGGGCGCUGUUCCGGCGGCGGCCGCGGCAGCACCCCCGCCGAGCAGCGUGCACAAGCGGCCAUCGCUGCAGCAACCCAUCGUGAUGGCGAGGCCGUGCCGACCGGAGUGCGCUCGGCACGGCCGCUGUCCAGCCUCUGGGCCGGAUACGGUACGAUCACAGAGGUGGAGACGGACGAUGAGCCGAGCCAGCUGCUGAUAGUGAAGGAGGUGGCGCCGCCGCCGGGCAGCGGCGUGUCCCACGCCCGCAAGAUGCGCUCGUACCAGAUUGAGGCGGCCUUCUACCAACGCGUGGCGCCCCACCUGCCGCCCGGCGCCGCCUGCCACGUGCCGCACUGCCUGGGCGUGCACUCCACGCUGGACGCCGACAGCAGCAGCGACGCGGGCGGCAUGCAGCUGGUGAUGAGCGACCUGCGGCAGCGCUUCCCAAACAGCUGCAGCAGCCUGGAUGAGCAGCAUGCCAGGGCGGCGCUGUCGUGGCUGGCAGCCUUCCACGCAGCCUGCUGGGGUGCGGAUGCGGAGAGGCUGGGGCUGUGGCCAGAGGGCUGCUACUGGCACCUGGAAACGCGGCUGGAGGAGCUGGCAGACAUUGGGCGCGAGGGGCGGGCGCUGCAGGCCGCGGCGCAUGAGCUGGACCACCGGCUGCGGCAGACGCCCUUCCGCACGCUCACGCACGGCGACUACAAGACCGCAAACCUGCUGUUUGGCAGCGGCAGUGACGAAUGCGCGGCUUACGACUUCCAGUAUGUGGGUGGCGGCAGCGGCAUGAAGGAUGUGGUGUAUCUUUUCUGCAGCGGCCUGUCGGCGCGCCUUCUGGCGCAGCAGGAGGAGGUGCUGCUGCGCCACUACCACGGCCAGCUGAUCGAGGGGCUGAGGGCGGCGGCGGGCGGCGGAGGCAGCACCGGCAUCGCUGACCCUGCAGCUGCGGCGGAGGCGGUGGAGCGUUACACGUAUGAGGCGAUGCUUGGCGAUUACAGGCUGGCGCUCUGUGACUACGUGCGGUUCAUGGCCGGCUGGGGAUUCUGGGGCAACACCAGCUGGGCAUCCACAAAGGCUCGGCAGUUUCUGGGCGAGCUGGGGCUGACCAGCUAG